AUGGAUCUACUUGUCCUGCCUCGAGGGGGGGAGCAGGGCUGGGUGCUCUGUGAGGCUUGGCUGGCCACGGUGCACCCAUCACUGAAUGUCCCUCUGCGCAGGUACAGGAAGGCAGCACUGAAAUGGCACCCAGACAAAAACCCAGACAACAAGGAAUAUGCCGAGCAGAAGUUCAAGGAAAUCGCCGAGGCCUAUGAAGUGCUGUCGGACAAGCAGAAGCGUGAUGUCUACGACCGCUAUGGCAAAGAGGGCCUUAUGGGAGCAGGGCCGGGGGGCUCCAGAGCCGAUGCUGGGGCUCCUGAAUUCACCUUCACCUUCCGCAGCGCUCACGAUGUUUUCCGGGAGUUCUUCGGCGGGCGAGAUCCCUUUGCUGACUUCUUUGAUGAGAUGCUGCCCUUCUCUGAGCUGCGAGGAGCUGGCUCCCGGCACCACGGAGGCGGACACUUCUUCUCCACCUUCCCCGGAUCCUCAGAUUUCUUCGCCUCGUCCUUCAGCUCGGGGGCCGACGCAGGGCUGGGAUUCCGCUCCGUCUCCACCUCCACCACCUUCGUUAAUGGUCGACGUAUCACCACAAAGCGGAUUAUUGAGAACGGGCGGGAGCGGGUGGAAGUGGAGGAGGAUGGGGAGCUGAAGUCGAUCCACAUCGAUGGUGUCCCCGACGACAUGGCGCUGGGGCUGGAGCUGAGCCGGCGGGAGCAGCAAGCCUUCCCCAGCCCACGCCCUCCCCCAUCCCCACCGCCUGCCCCACAGCGGCCUCCAAACUCCUCGCCCAUCUGCCUCUACACGGACAGCGAGGAUGAGGAUGAGGACUUGCAGCUGGCCAUGGCCUACAGCCUCUCUGAGAUGGAGGCCGCGGGGCACCACCAAGCAGGU